CUCGGCACGAUCGUCCAUUUAAAUUAAAAAUGUGAUCAAAGAUUGAGUUCAUAAACCAGUUAGACUCGCGGAAACUGUCGCAUUCUCGGCCUGUUUUUCAUGGGGAAGUAUUUUUGACUCAAACCUGCGUUGAAACCCUCAAAAGCUCAAAACAUGCAGGAUGAUUUAUUGAUGGACAAAAGCAAAGCUCAGCCUCAACAGCAGCAAGACCCGUCAAUAGAGCCUCCAUCCACACCGACCCCCUCCGACCCGCCGAUCCCGGACGAGCCGAGCCACGGUCACUCCAAGCGAAUCGCCAUGGAGUCUCCGGUCCUGCGUGGUUUGGGUUUCCAUCAGGAUUCCGUCGGAUCCUCUCUAUCACCGUCGUUCGGUAACACUUGGUCCACGAACACCGUGGACGAGACCUUUUUUCAAGGGAUUCCCUCAGUUAACGGGACGAUGAUGUUUCCAAACUUUCCCCAUCCCGUCAACCCGGGGUUCGGAGGGAAUAUUUCCCCGCAAAUGCGUAGAUCUCCGGUCGGUGUGAACCAGAGGAACCCCUACAGUCACCAGACCCUCAUCAAUAAAGUGUCCGCAUCGUCCGCCUCUUCGUCCGCCUGGAAUAACCACCAGAACGCCGUAUGGAGCUCCGCUGCGAACCCCUGGAGCGGAAGAGACCCGCGGAGAGCGCUCGGGCUGGGGGUCCCGUCUGCGCUCAACCCCAUCUCCCCAACGAAGAAACCCUUCCCUGGCAAUAUCAUCGCCCCCCCGAAAUAUCCGAGACCCGCAGCACUGCAGAAACCCUGGAUGAUAUCAGAGCCUCCAGAACCCUUCAGAACCGACAACGGCAACAGCAUAUUGCCAUUUCAGGAACGGAAUCGACCCUUUGACCCCUUUAACUUGCAAACCUUGGAGAAUUCCUUAAUGGACAUGAUCAGGACUGACCAUGACAAAGGUAAACAACAUCCUGCCGUUGGCCCUCCAAUGACUAUCGCUGAUAUUUUAUGGAGGAAUCGUUUUGCAGGUCGCAUGGGUCUGAACUUUCACCAUCCAGUAGCUGAGCAUAUAUUACCACUAAAUACCAGGAGCUAUGGUCGCAGAAGAGGUCGCUCUUCACUGUUUCCUUUUGAGGAUUGCUUCCUGGAUGAUGGUCAUGGUGACCAGCCCCUAAAUCCUGGCCUGAGCUUCCCCACCCGCUGUCAGAAUGGAGAGAGGAUGGAACGCUACUCCAGGAAGGUUUUUGUUGGUGGAUUGCCACCUGAUAUCGAUGAAGAUGAGAUUACAAAUAGUUUCCGUCGCUACGGACACCUGGUGGUGGACUGGCCUCAUAAAGCAGAGAGCAAAUCCUAUUUUCCCCCUAAAGGUUAUGCUUUCCUGUUGUUCCAAGAGGAGAGUUCAGUUCAAGCCCUCAUUGACGCCUGUAUUGAAGAGGAUAGGAAACUGUACCUGUGUGUCUCCAGCCCCACUAUUAAAGAUAAACCAGUCCAGAUUCGCCCAUGGAACCUGAGUGACAGUGAUUUUGUGAUGGACGGUUCUCAGCCUCUUGAUCCACGCAAGACCAUCUUUGUAGGAGGUGUUCCACGACCUCUACGUGCAGUGGAACUGGCUAUGAUUAUGGACAGACUCUAUGGAGGUGUGUGUUACGCUGGCAUUGACACAGACCCCGAACUCAAAUACCCCAAAGGGGCGGGCCGAGUGGCCUUCUCCAAUCAGCAGAGCUACAUCGCAGCAAUCAGCGCCAGAUUUGUCCAGCUUCAGCAUAAUGACAUUGACAAACGGGUGGAGGUGAAACCGUACGUCCUGGAUGAUCAGAUGUGUGAUGAAUGUCAGGGUGCACGCUGCGGAGGGAAGUUUGCUCCAUUUUUCUGUGCCAACGUCACCUGUCUGCAGUAUUACUGUGAGUACUGCUGGGCGAGUAUCCACUCACGCGCCGGGCGCGAGUUCCACAAACCGCUGGUGAAGGAAGGCGGAGACCGACCUCGACACGUGUCCUUCCGCUGGAGCUGAUGUCAGUCCUGCUACACCCUCAAACCAUCCUCUCCACCCAGAAAACACCUUCAACACUAUUAGCAGUAACUCAACAGCUACAUACACAUGGAUUUUCCUUCUCAUUUUGUCUUUUUAGAAACAAAUAUCAUAAUAUAUUUGUCGAGUAUAUUCUCUGCUUAUGAACAUUUAGAAAAAUACUAAUUUUGAGUCCGUGUGCUCAAAAGUUGCACUUUGGCACAAACAUACGUGAUCCACAGUCGAUGUUAACACUUAUAAGGAUGUUGUGCUUUUAAUAUCUCAUUCUCCUGCGUUUGGUUGUUUAGUGCUCCGUAUAGGUAACAUUAACAGUGUGAGACUGUAUAUGAAUAUACAUUUACAGAAAUUAUAUAUUUUUUAAUUUAUAUUUAUCUAUAUACACAUAGAUUAAACAUUUUGGGGUCAAUUUUUUUAAGAAGCAUGCACUUAUGUCCAAAAAAAAAUAACAGAAAACUGUAGGAUAUUCCCCUUAGAAGACAUGGACAAAUAAGUUACU